AUGGCGGGAAGUGAGCCGCGCAGCGGGCCCGGCGCGUCGCCGCCGCCCAGCGACUGGGGCCGCCUGGAGGCCGCCAUCGUCAGCGGCUGGAGGACCUUCUGGCAGUCAGUGGGCAAGGAGAGGCCGGCGCGGACGUCGGGCGGGCCGCGGGCGGACGAGGACCCCUGCUGGCUGCCGCGGCUGCCGAUUGAUGUUCAGCUGUAUAUUUUGUCAUUUCUUUCACCCCAUGAUCUGUGUCAAUUGGGAAGCACAAAUCAUUAUUGGAAUGAAACUGUUCGAGAUCCAAUUCUGUGGAGAUACUUCCUAUUGCGGGAUCUUCCUUCUUGGUCUUCUGUUGACUGGAAGUCUCUUCCAGAUGUAGAAAUAUUAAAAAAGCCAAUAUCUGAGGUCUCUGACAGUGCAAUUUUUGAUUACAUGGCAGUUUAUAAAAUGUGCUGUCCGUAUACAAGAAGAAGCUCGAAAUCCAGCCGUCCUAUGUACGGAGCUGUUACCUCUUUUUUACACUCACUGAUCAUUCAUAAUGAACCACGAUUUGCUAUGUUUGGACCAGGUUUGGAAGAAUUGAACACAUCUUUGGUGUUGAGCUUGAUGUCUUCUGAGGAAUUUUGCCCAACUGCUGGUUUGCCUCAGAGACAGAUUAAUGGUAUUGGAUCUGGAGUCACUUUUCAGUUAAACAAUCAACAUAAAUUCAACAUUCUUAUAUUAUAUUCAACUACCAGAAAGGAAAGAGACAGAGCAAGGGAAGAGCACACAAGUGUUGUUAAUAAGAUGUUCAGCCUACAGAGUGAAGGAGAUGACCAACAAGGAAGCCGGUACAGUGUGAUUCCACAAAUUCAGAAGGUGUGUGAAGUUGUAGAUGGGUUCAUCUAUGUUGCAAAUGCUGAGGCUCAUAAAAGGCAUGAAUGGCAAGAUGAAUUUUCUCAUAUUAUGGCAAUGACAGAUCCAGCAUUUGGAUCUCCAGAAAGACCAAUGCUGGUUUUCUCUUGUGUUUCUCAAGCGGAUGUGAAAAGAAUGCCCUGUUUUUAUUUGGCACAUGAGCUGGGUCUCAACCUGCUAAACCACCCAUGGAUGGUUCAGGAUAUGGAGGCUGAAACUCUAACUGGUUUUUUGAAUGGCAUUGAAUGGAUUCUUGAGGAAGUAGAAUCUAAGCAUGCAAGAUGAUCCUUCUUCUGGACCUUGGGAAGCCUAAGGUCGUGAUAUGUGAAGAAACGGAGACACAGAGAAGUUAAGAAAUCUCUUGAAAUACAAGUCCAUAUCAUGGUGUGACCAAUAAGGUGGACAUGAGAUAUGGAAACUGAAAGUUCCGUCAUCUAAGUUAAAGAAUUAUAAGCUAUUAUGAUGGUUAGUUAAGAAAUCAAAUUACUGGACUCUUUAUGGUUCACUAAAUUCUUAUCACUGCUGUUUUAAGGAUUAAAGCAAAACAAAAAUGGCUAGAGAUACAAACUCUGGUGUUGAGAAUGACCUGUAGAUUCUAGCUAUUCAUCCAAAUGACCAAGGGGAAGUUCUUUAAAUGUUAAAUCUUCGUUAUCUCAUGUAGAGAAUGAGGAUCACUGUAUUUGCCUUACACUUAAGAUCUGGCCCUACCAAGAAUUGAAUGUAAGCAUCAGGGUGAACAAAUUCUCUCUAGGAAGACCUCAGCUUUGGCACUAACUGAAGCUUUGGUGAGAUUUUCAGUGUCACUCUGAUAUAACUAUGCUGCUACAUAACAGUUGCUUAACAGCUCUGUUUGGCUUGACGUAAAAAAAGGGCCAGCAUUUAAGCAUCCAAACUUAGCAUCACUACUGAAAACUAACUUGAAAAGUGUGACCUGAUGGAUGAUAUGUGAACCACAUGCACUUAUUUAUAAUUGUUGUAGACAAAGUCAUGUCCCUCCACAUUCCUAUGUUGAAAUCCUAAUCAUCAGUAUGCUGCAGAAUGUGACUAUAUUAGGGCUUAAGUCCUUUAAUUAAUGAAGUAGUUAUGGUUAAAUGAGGUCAUAUGGGUAGGACCUAACCCAAAAUGAUCAUUGUUCUCGUAAGAAAAAAAGAGACCCCAAAUGUGAGUAUACAGAGGAAAGAUUGCAUGAAGACACUCAAAACAGUCAUUGUAAACAGACACCCCAAGAAGAACUCAAACGUAUUUAACUUCUAAAAUUGUGAGAAAAUAAAUUUUUGUAAUUUGAGAUCCAGGCUGUGCUAUUUUGUAGAAAUCAUGCAAACAACCUUAUUUAAUAUGUUGAGGCACUUAGCUUAAUAACUAUGGUUAAAAUAAGAAUAUGCCAAAUUUGCUUUAUCCAGAAAAAGUAUAAUUUCUUAUUAUCUAAGUUAUUCUCCUAAACUUUUAUAAUGAUGUAAUUUUUUGUUGAGUAAUUCAGUGAUUCACUGUUACCUCUAAGACAAGGCCUAUCGUUGCUAGCCUGAUAACAGCUUUCUUCAUCUUUUGUUACUUGUAGUAUCAUAGAAAAGCCACUUUUUUUGUGUGUGUGAAAUUGUGGAUGUUACCAUAAUGACGAACUAGCAAACUUGACUCAUAAAUCAUUCCUAAAUAAACUAGACAAAAGAAUGA